ACAACAUCAUGGAGUACAGAGAGGAUCAGGACGGAAAAUUAGAGCAUUUCGUUGAUACUUUACACGCUGGGAGCCUUCUUUCUCGACUACAAGAGCUCAGAGAUCUUAAAGAACUUUGCGAUGUUACAUUGCUAGUCGAGGGAAGAGAGAUUGUCGUACAUCGAGCCGUGUUGGCCGCGACAAGUCGGUAUUUCAAUGCAUUGUUUACAAGUCCAAUGACGGAAAAAAACAUGAAAGUUGUUGAGAUUAAAGAGGUCGAUCCAGAUUCAACUGAAGUCCUGAUUAAUUUUGCCUACACCUCAAAGCUGACCAUCACAGAUUCUAAUGUUCAGAGCUUAUUCAUUGCGUCUGAUCGUCUAGAAUUCAAAUCAGCAAAAGAUGCCUGUAUUGACUUUAUUAUGAGGCAAAUCGAAGUCUCGAAUUGUCUAAGAAUUCUCACUCUUGCAGAGAGGCAUGGUCUGAAAGUCCUCAAAGAGGCCGCAAACUAUUGRAUUAUGAGUAACUUUUUGGAAGUCGUUGAAACUGAUGAUUUCAAAAACUUGGAUUUAAAUCAAGUUAUUGAGUUGUUACGUAAAGAUGGAAUUCAAGUCUUGAAUGAGAAGCAGGUUUUUAAUGCUUGUGUCACAUGGGUGAACUUUGAACUCAAUACACGGCGUAAAUUCAUGUCUGAACUGUUGAAAGUMGUACGAUUAGCAUUUAUUCCUUUGAAAACUCUACACCAAGACAUUGCAAAGCAUUCUCUUGUCCGUAACAAUGUSUUCUGUCAGGAUAUUGUUGAGGAAGCUGAGACGCACCAUGGUGAGCGCUCUGGUCUGCGAAUGAGAACCUCUUAUGCUGAAGCAUUGUAUGUUUUGGGGGGAGAAACGGCGUUCAUGAAAGAAGUAAAAACAGUUGAACGCUUGAACACUGAAACUAAUCAUUGGGAGACUGUGAAAGACAUGUCUGAAGCCAGGGCAUCAUUUGCRGUUGUGUCCUUUAAGAAUAAACUGUAUGUUAUAGGGGGUUAUCGUCGUGGUCGRAAAUUAAAGUUGAUGGAGUGUUAUGAUCCGAUUGACAACACAUGGAGUAGUCUUCCAUCAACUACCAAAUGCCAGGGAGACACAAGGGCRGCCGUGCUGGGGGACUAUAUUUAUGURGCUGGAGGGUCAAGUGAUAGGCUUCUCACUUGCAACUAUGUAGAGAGGUACUCUCCAACCACUGGGCGGUGGGAGACAGUGGCAACAAUGCAUCGUCAGAGGAGAAGGUUUGCCCUAGCCAUCCUAAACUCAUGCAUGUAUGCCAUUGGGGGGUUUGACGACACAACAGGRGACCUCAGUCAUAUGGAACACUACAAACCAGAGACCAACUCCUGGUACGAAGACCCUUCCAUGCUGAGCUGUCGAUAUGACUUUGGAGCWGUGGAAUUAUCAGGGUUUCUGUAUGCAGUAGGAGGAGCCAAUGGGCGAAGGGGGUCACUGAACACUGUUGAGCGUUAUAAUCCUGUUGAUAAGGUGUGGACGCAUGUUGCACCCCUUAAGCAGUGCAGYGGAGGCGUCUCUGUUGCUGUAAAUUGUGGCAAGAUAUUUGUUGUCAAUGGUAUGAAUGAAUACAUGUCCAUUGUCAACACUGUAGAGACUUACAAUGAAGUCAAGGACACAUGGAUUCCUGUAGCAAGUACCAGGACUGCAAGGUUUAGCGCAGCUGCUGUGGUUUUUCCACUUAUUGUACAUGUCACAUGACUUUGUUGAAUAUAUGGUAAAGUUAGUUGGUUUUGGUAGUUGUUAUGAGUAAGUUGAUUGGGUUACCAGUAAUUGGUUGGUAUAUUGGGUAAUCAUGAAUUUGUUGUGUGUGUACCAGUUAGUUGGUUUGGUAGUUGUUAUGAGUAAGUUGAUUGGGUUACCAGUGAUUGGUUGGGUAAUCAUGAAUUUGUUGUGUGUGUACCAGUUUGUUGGUUUGGUAGUUGUUGUGAUGAGUAAGUUGAUUGGGUUACCAGUAAUUGGUUGGUAUAUUCAUGGUGAAUGUAACUUUGUACCAUGUGGUACAAGUUGGUUUACAGUAUUUUGCAGUUGGUGUGAUGAUUGGUAGAUUGAGUGACUUUGUUGAGUGCAUGGUAAGUUGGUUGGUUUGGUAGGGUUUAACAAUUGAUUGGUUAGGCUGGUAGGAUGGUAUAUUGAUUGUAAGUUUAUGUUAGGUUUGUUGGUAAGUGUUUUGAUGGUGUUUGUARAGCUGGUUGUUAUUUAUUUGGUUGGAUUGGUGUAUAUAAUUAUAAUGCUUGCUGGUCAAUUCUGGAAAAUAUCCAGUUGUUAUCCAACAAAUAAAAUAAUGUAAAAUAUAAAAUAAAAUUACAAUCAUGGUUGCUUGAUGUAACAUGAAUACAACCUAUGUAUAAAGGAAAUAAUAAAACUACAGAGGUGAUACUACAUGGAUUUUGUAACUGUAAUGGAUUACAUGCAGUGCUAGUGAGGUCACUAAACUGUCAUAAGUGAUUUACUAAGUGCAGAUUAUGCAUUCACAGUGUGUGAAAAAUUGCAUGAUGUGCAGUGCUGUGAUCUCUUUUCAAUACUAGCCUGCCCUACCAAAGUCCACAGGGAUCCCAAUAGGGUCGUUAUGACUAAUACAAUAUGAAACUUAUCAUUUCGCAGACACAUUACAUCUUUCCUUACACCUUUAGUACUCUUGUAUAGACCUCUAUUCCUUUUACAUCAUGUACAGCAUACACAAUGCAUUGUAGGAUGUGUUUGGGACAAAACAUAGCGGAUUCUUUUGUUUUCUUUAUAGUAAAUGAUUCCACAACUUACAACGCAUUGAAAAUCAAGUAGAAUGAACAUAAAAGGUUCAGAAGUCUAUUCAGCCCAUGAUAAAAGAUAACAUUGUAAAGUUUUGGAAUUUUUUUAUUGAAAAGAUGGUGUUUGUAUAGCUGGUUGUUAUUUAUUUGGUUGGAUUGGUGUAUAUAAUUAUAAUGCUUGCUGGUCAAUUCUGGAAAAUAUCCAGUUGUUAUCCAACAAAUAAAAUAAUGUAAAAUAUAAAAUAAAAUUACAAUCAUGGUUGCUUGACGUAACAUGAAUACAACCUGAUGUAUAAAGGAAAUAAUAAAACUACAACAGAGGUGAUACU